AUGGAUGCGCCCGUCGUCAAGUUCAAGAAACGAGGAGCCAAGGCCGCGCCUCGCAAAGUCGCGCCUCCGCCGCCCCAGUCGGAUUCAGACUUCUCAUCCGGUUCCGACGCAGAAGGCGACGACGGCCGUGUAGUGAAGCGGCGAAAGGUCAACGACAACGCCCUCAAAGCCUCUACCGCAGACCAGAAGACCAACACAUCCAUUGAGGGCACAACACAAUACGCCGCCAACACCUCUGCGGUAAUCGAAGCAAGCAACGAUGCGACAAAGCAGUCCAACUGGUACGAGGAAAAGACCGACGAUGCUCUCAGCUCCCAGAACCUGUUGGGCAGCACGCGCACAAAGGCCUCUUCGCUCAUUGAAAAGAACCCCGACGCGCCGACGCGCCAAGUAGGGCCUGUCAAGGCAUCCACAAACAUUCGAACAAUCACAGUCACCGACUAUACACCAGAUGUGUGCAAGGACUACAAGCAGACGGGAUUCUGUGGUUUUGGCGACAACUGCAAGUUUCUGCACGCCCGUGAAGACUACGCAGCAGGCUGGAAGCUCGACCGCGAGUGGGAAAUGUCCACCAAGGGCAAGAAGCCCAGUGGCACUGUUGUCGCGUCUGCCAACCGUGACGCCCAAGAGAAAGAUGAAGAUGGCGUCGACCUGGCGCUUUUGGAAAAGAUACCGUUCGCCUGCAUCAUCUGCAAGAAGCCGUACAAGACGCCUAUCAUCACAAAGUGUGGACACUACUUCUGCGAGGCAUGCGCUUUGAAGCGAUAUCGAAAGGACCCGACAUGUGCGGCGUGCAGCGCAAAGACAUAUGGAGUCUUUAACGGCGCAAAGAACCUACAAAAGCUGCUAGAGAAGAAACAGAAGUGGGAGGACAAGAAGAAGGCCGAGGCGGAAGAGAAAGCAAAGGAGGAGGAAGGCGGCGACUGA